AUCUGUCUCCAAACCGUGUUUCAGAAUCAGAACACGUCUCUCGGCUUGGCAGCAAAACAAAAACCUCUAUUUGCGGAGACACCACCUUCGAUCGUAUCAAUAUGGCGACGAUCGGACACAAUAAUCUCAAUGCAAAAUUGGUUUUGCUUGGAGACAUGGGAGCUGGCAAAUCAAGUCUCGUGUUGCGAUUCGUCAAAGGCCAAUUUCUAGAAUUCCAGGAAUCGACGAUCGGAGCGGCGUUUUUUUCUCAAACCCUAGCAGUGAAUGAUGCGACGGUGAAAUUCGAGAUCUGGGAUACGGCAGGUCAAGAAAGGUAUCAUAGUUUGGCUCCUAUGUACUACAGGGGCGCUGCAGCAGCAAUUAUUGUCUACGACAUCACCAGCGCGGAUUCUUUUACACGGGCUAAAAAGUGGGUGCAAGAACUACAAAAACAAGGUAAUCCUAAUAUGGUUAUGGCACUUGCUGGCAACAAAGCUGAUCUGGAAGAGAAGAGGAAAGUGACAGCAGAAGAGGCACGUGCCUAUGCCGAGGAGAAUGGUCUUUUCUUCAUGGAGACAUCCGCUAAAACUGCUGCCAAUGUUAAUGAUGUAUUUCAUGAAAUAGCCAAGAGACUGCCUAGAGCUCAGCCAAAUCAAAAUCCAUCGGGGAUGGUUCUUGUUGACAGACCUGCAGAAGGAGCUCGUGCUGCAUCAUGCUGUUCAUAAGUAUGUGUUAACACUAAUAAUGAUACGGGCAUGGAAGCCGGGCUACAAUUCGUGGAAAUUGGGAGUGUGUGGUAAAGAGCGUAAUGGUGGGAUUGGUGUUUGAAACUUGUAAUUUGUAAAUGCUGUGCAAAUGACUUGUAUCUGUAUAAGGAUGGGACUGUGUUGGUGUUUUAGCAGAUAGUUGAGAUGCAUAUGGGAUCCAUUCUUAUCUGUUAUUUUUUUUCACUCUGUUUGUGA